AUGCUUUGUUAUCUUCAUAUUGUCAUGGAUGGAAUUAGUCUUCGGACAUUUCUGGGCGAUCUCAAUCAAAGCUAUGUCUCGCCGGGUGUGUCGCAACCAGCGUCGCAGUACCUAGAUUAUGCCAUCGCAGAAAGUAAGCAACUCAAAGGCCAGGCCAUAAAAGAUGAUCUUAAGUACUGGAAGCAACAGUUUGAAACACCAGUGGAUUGCCUGCCUCUCCUACCGUUCUCCCGCGUCCAAUCUCGACCUCCCUUGAGCAUCUCCAAAAGCUUCACGGCCCGUGCAUUUAUUAAGAAGGAGACUGUGGCCAGAGUGAAAGAGUGUAGUCGUCAGUCCGGGUCAGCCUCCUUCCACUUCUAUGCCGCAGCCCUGCAGGUCCUCCUCUUCCAACUCCUUAAUGGUUCAUUUGACGAAUUGUGCAUCGGCAUUGCUGAUGCAAACCGGCACGACGACCGAUAUUUCGACACCAACAUCCAUGUACGCGGCCCUCGCGCACUCUAA